AUGGUUAAACAUACAAUUCAGAUAUUUGCCCGAGUGAAACCUACUCGCUCGAAAGCAGGAUUGUAUGAUUUGGAUGAAGAUGAUGAAGGACAACCACGAUUGACUUUCAUUGUUCCUCGUGAUUUGGCUGAGGGCUUUAUCAAUAACAAGAAAGAGAAUUAUAAAUUCAGAUUUAAGCAUGUUUUUGACCAAAAUUCAAAACAGGAAGAUGUUUUUCAAGCAGUUUCCAAACCAGUGAUUGACAAUGUUUUAUCAGGCUAUAAUGGAACCAUAUUUGCAUAUGGCCAGACUGGGAGUGGAAAGACAUUUACCAUCACUGGUGGGGCCGAAAAAUAUGCAGACAGAGGCAUCAUACCCAGAUCAAUAUCCUACCUGUAUGAACAGUUUGAAAAGGACACAGAAAGAACAUAUGAUUUACACAUUUCCUACUUGGAAAUCUACAACGAAAGUGGAUUUGAUCUUCUCGAUCCAAAACAUGAAGCUUCAAAACUGGAAGAUUUGCCGAAAGUUGGUCUGAUGGAAGACUCGGACCAGAACAUUCAUCUCAAGAACUUGUCUGUACACCAAGCAGGUUCAGAGGAAGAGGCCCUGAAUCUACUCUUCUUAGGGGACACCAACAGGAUGAUAGCAGAGACACCAAUGAAUCAAGCCUCCACACGAUCACAUUGUAUCUUCACCAUCCAUGUGACAUCCAGAGAAACAGGUUCUGCUACUAUACGCAGAGCAAAGCUCCACCUGGUGGAUCUGGCUGGGUCAGAGAGAGUGGGCAAAAGUGGUGUAGGUGGUACUCUUCUGACAGAGGCCAAGUACAUCAACUUAUCUUUACACUUCCUGGAACAGGUGAUUAUAGCACUGUCAGAUAAGAACAGACAGCAUAUUCCCUACAGGAACUCAAUGAUGACAUCUGUCCUUCGGGACAGUCUCGGGGGAAACUGUAUGACCACCAUGAUUGCCACGUGUUCAAUAGAGAAACGCAACCUUGAUGAAUCCAUAUCCACAUGUCGUUUUGCUCAAAGAGUUGCCAUGAUCAAGAAUGAAGUUAUGGUCAAUGAAGAGCUUGACCCAAAGUUGAUGAUCCAGAAACUUAAAAGGGAGAUUCAGCAACUGAAGGAAGAGCUUGCCAUGGCAACAGGAGAACAGCGGACUGACGACCUGACCGACGAAGACCUGCAGAGAUGUCAAGAGGCUGUAGAACGAUACCUGGAAGACACAGAUCCAGAUGUAAUCCUCAGUAUUGGGGCAGACAUGAGAAAAAUCCAGACCUGCUUUCGUAUACUCAAGAAACAUGUACUAGAAAAGCCAGCUGUGACAGAAGUGAUCCGAUCCCCAGCACCUGAGGCGCUGCCCCCCGACACUGGUCCUUAUAGUGAUGCAGAGAACAGCAAGCUAAAGGAUCUCGUACAGCAGAGAGACAACGAAAUCAAUAUUCUUGUGAAUAUGUUGAAGAAGGAGAAGAAGCGUGCAUCAAACGCUGAAUCAGAACUGACCAGUAUGGGCAAGUUUGCUGUGAGGACAUCUUCAGUGGCAGGUGAUGCACCAAGCUACAACAAUGAUGCCUUGAGCCGAGAGUCAACGGGGUCUCGAAGCAGCAGGCCCAACAGCUCUCGUCGGAGGGAGGAACAGGCCAAAACUAAGAUAUUGGGAGAUAUGUCUAAAGGAAGACAGGAGGCCUUUGAAAUCUUCCGACGGGAUUACCCACAGAAGGAGACCAUAGAACAGAAUAAGGUCCAUCUAAAACAACGUUACGCAGAGGCUAAACACUUGGGGGAAAAAGUCAACAAAACUCGCCAAAAAAUCAACCAUUUGAAAGGUCAGAUAGAACAACACAGAAUGCAGUUGGCCAUGCAAGGCCUGGUAGACCCUAACAAUCCAGAACCAGAUGACGAGGAACAAGAGCUGAGGGCAGACAUGGAGGAGGAAAAGGACAGCUAUAAACAGUCAUUUAAUCGUCUGAAGACACUGAAAACUGAGAUAGAACACCUACAACACUUACUCGAGAAAUCCAAGGUGAAGUUAAUGAAGGACUUUGAGAUGUGGUGGGCGGAGCAAGCUCUCAUAUCACAGAACGCCAAGUCUGGAGGUGGUAGUAUGAAGUCAGCAUGGAGGACCCCAACCCCUAAACAAGCCAGGAAGGCCCCACCCCCAGAUCUUGUAUCCCCAGGCAAUUCUACCUUGUCACAGUCCUCCUCAGCCUCUAGUUUGUACCAGUCUGCCUCCAACUCAAUACCUCUACAAACAUAUCAGCCAGCGUCCCAUUCCCAACCUCAACAGUCAUAUCAGCCUGCAUCUCACUCCCAACCUCAGGUCGGCCAUCAUAGACAAAAAGUAGCUACACAACUCUCAAGCUUCUACUCACAGCCACAGUCACAACCUCAGCCUCAAAUGGAAAAGAAUGGAUACAGGCUACCAAGGUCAGCUGGGAAUGAGCAGAAAGCAGGAAUACCAUUAACAGGGGAUUCUAAAGCUGAUGCUGAUAUCAUGGCCUUUGUUAAAGCUCGUCAAAACAUACUUAAACAAGCCAAUGGAAACAGAUGACAGGAGCACCAAUAGAGUUCCAUACUUCCUGUUACUCAUUCCGAUCAUCUCAGAUAAUUACUUAGAGGCUGUAUUUGUCUGUCUCUACAACAGAAGUUGAUUCAGAACACUCUAACAAAUACAGGAAAUGACCUGUCCAAUAUUUACUGGAGAUAACCUUUCUGACAUGUGGUGGAGUU